CAUAAUAAUAAAGCCAGACCCAGUCAGGCCCAUUAGCCGUUGACCAGUCCAAACACUGGUCCAUCCAUUUAUCUGUCUCGGACUCAUCCCCUCUCUCUCAAAUAUAGUUAAACCCGUCUCCCCUCUACAGAUUCAAAUCCGCCCCACCAUUCUCUCUCUCUCCUCAAUUGCAGUCUCUCUCUCUCUCAUUCCUUUCUCCCUUCUCUGAAAGUACGUGCUUUUGUUUUGCUUCAAAAAUUCAUUACUCUCACCCUUCACGAAUCCUCUCUCUCUCUCUCUCUAAAACCUGUGUAAUUUGCAUUGCCGUCCUCUCUCUCUCUCUCUAUCUCUCUUUGUUUUUCUCACUCACUCUCUGUGGUUAUAAAAGAAUGGACGGAGGAGCGCAGUACAAUCCGCGUACAGUCGAAGAGGUUUUUAGGGAUUUCAAAGGCCGUCGAGCCGGCAUGAUAAAAGCCCUCACCUCAGAUGUCGAAGAAUUUUACCAGCAGUGUGAUCCUGAGAAGGAAAACCUGUGCUUGUACGGAUUUCCAAGUGAGCAAUGGGAGGUCAAUUUACCUGCUGAAGAAGUGCCUCCAGAACUUCCAGAGCCUGCAUUGGGUAUUAACUUUGCCAGAGAUGGGAUGCAGGAAAAGGAUUGGUUAUCUUUAGUUGCUGUCCACAGCGAUGCAUGGUUGCUUUCUGUUGCCUUCUACUUCGGUGCUAGAUUCGGGUUUGAUAAAGCGGACAGGAAGCGGCUUUUUAACAUGAUAAAUGAUCUCCCUACGGUAUUUGAAGUUGUAACUGGUGCUGCAAAGAAACAACAGAAGGAGAAAUUGUCUGUCCCAAAUAACAGCGGCAACAAAUCCAAGUCAAAUUCUAAAGCGGAGCAUGGAUCCGACUCUCAGGGAAAGUUUUCAAAGCCACAGCCAAAAGACGAAGAGGAAGGCUUGGACGAGGAAGACGAAGAUGAGCAUGGGGAGACCUUGUGUGGGGCGUGUGGGGAGAACUAUGCGUCGGAUGAAUUCUGGAUCUGUUGCGACAUAUGUGAGAAGUGGUUCCAUGGUAAGUGUGUGAAGAUUACCCCUGCAAGAGCUGAGCAUAUUAAGCAGUACAAGUGUCCAACCUGCAGCGGCAGCAACAAGAGAGCCCGUCCUUGAUAUAGCUGGGAAGUAUGGGUUCUCUCUCUAGCUUUGUACCCUUGAUGCAGUCAGUUUUUUUUUCUUCUUUCUGAUUUGGCAGAACUUGUGAAUGUGUACUUUUUUUCUGGUUUGGGGGGAUCUCACUUUUCGUUAGACUUAGUUGUUGUAGCUUCGCAAAAAAAUUGCCCCCAUUUUAUUUGAAGGAAUUGCUAUCAUCUCCUUGUUGAAUUUACUAGAAAUUUUAGUCUCUUGGAUCAUGGUUUGAUACAA